CAAAAUUCAAGGUCUGUGGCUUCAACUGACAUCUCAACGGUCACCCAUUUUGUCAUUUGUAGUUUUAAAACUUUGAAAAGUUUCGUUUAUAAAAUACCGAUUACCGAUAUUUUUGGUAUUGGGGACAAUAUGGAAGAAUUAACAUGUGACGAAUUUCUGGAAUCACUAAUUGAAGAAAAGUUUGAGUAUUUGGAACAUAAUGUGUUCUCCUUUGAAAAGAAUUGCGAUGUCAUGCUUAAGGAAUAUGAGAAAUUUGUUAAAAUGUUGGUGCGGGCUCAGAAAACCAAUAAUUAUGGACCCAUUUCAAAAUAUGUUGAGACAUCAAGCUUCAAAGAAAUUUUAGAGUCAAAUCAACAAAACAGCGGCUCUAAUGUAGGAAAAGAACAUAAAUCAGUGAAUACAGUGAAAGUGAAAAAAGAAAAGAUAUCAAUUUCUAGUGAUGCUUCAGUUCAGUCUGUUAGAGAUGAUACUGAGAAUAUGCCAGCUCCUAAAAUGCCUGCCCCAAAAACCAAACGUGUCAAAAAAGAAAAAAUUUCUAAUGUAACAAAAAUAAAAGUUAAACAAGAGAUUGAUUCAGAAACUGAAAAUUCUGAGGAUACAAAAAGGGUAACACGUUCAACGACAGAUAGAACAUCGGAUGUCAUAAUAGAUAAUCCUGAAGUACCUGUGAUUGAUUUAAGCGAUUCUUUUGAGAAACUAGAGGUUGCUCCAGUUAGGAACACAAGAACCAAAACUAAAAAGAAGGAAGAAGAUAUGCCAAUUAGAAGCACAAGAACCAGAACAAAAAAAACUGUAGAUACCAAAGAUGAUACAGAGGAAGCUUCAACUUCUACAAGAACAACAAGAACAAAGACAAGAACUAAAAGGGAUAGAUCGGAAUCUGAGAAUGAAAAUGGUAUGAUGGAAACUAAAAGGUCAAAAGCAGAUUCGGCAGAAGAGGAAGAGCCAACAGCUAACACAUCUACACACACCGAAUAUGAAGAUGCAGUUUCCCAUUUGGAAAACAAACCUGAUGCAACAUUCGUUUUUCCAUCGGUUAAGACUCCUAAAGAACAGCAGAGUAUGAUCUCUAGAGUGAUGAAUGAAACUGUUGUCAUUGAAAAACCAAAAACCCAGCAGGUUGUAGAGAAUAACACCAAUGACUUGUUAACUGAUGAUGAAAGUAUAGAAGAACAAGAGGCGGCUUCUUCAAAGCCAAAAGUCAAACAGGUACCUAACCAAGUGUUCAGCCCAUACGAGAACAGCCCAGUGAAGAAGAAGGUUGAAGCUUUUGAGAAGUUCCAGAAAAAUGAAAAUACAGCAACGAGUUCGAAAAUGAACACCAGUAGAAUUUUGAAAGAAAUAGAGGAAAAUAAAGGAAACGUUAAAGAAAAAGCUAAAGGUUUUAUUGGCAAUAGUUCUACAAAUCCAUGCAAAAUCAACCCUUCAAGUGCUUCAAAAAUAGGGAAAUACAUUGGCCAGAAAAGUUCUAUGUUAAAUAAUAGUAUGUCCGUCAGUAAAUCAGCAACCCCUAAGUCUGGACAUGACUUCAAAGAAAGGGAACUUAGGCGGUUAGAGAAGGAGAAAGAACUCAAAAAGAAAGAAAUGUUGAAACAGGCCAUGACAGAUGAAAGGAAGAGGAAAUAUGAGGAGAAAGUUUUGCGGGUGCAGCAACAACAAAAAGAAGCUUUGGAAAGGGAGAAAGAAAAAGCUUUAGAACAACAGAGAAUUAAAGAAGAAAGAUAUAAAAUGGUUCUGCAACAAAAGGAAGAAAAACAGAGAUUACUAAAAGAAGAAAAUGAAAGGAAAAGGUUACUGGCAAAGCAGAGAGCAGAAGAAAAAAAGAAAGAGGAAGAAGCACUAAGAUUGGCUGCACAAGAGAAAAUAGAAUCAAAGAGGAAAAUCGAAAGUGAAAGUAACUCCAAGCCUGUAGAUCGAGCUCCAAUAUACAUGGUGCAGCCUACACCACCUUUACCAUGUUUAGAUUGUUACGAUUCAGAUGAUGAACGAUACACUGACAGGAAGCAGAUACCAUUAUGGGCUUCAAAAACUCAGGUUAGAAAACAGGAUUAUAUCCAAAAUGCUGUAGGGCACAAAAUAAAGAACACUUUGUUCUGUUGCCAAUCCCAGAAUAUAGAUUUGCGAGAUGUAUUCCAGAGGAUUGAUCCUAAAAAACUGAAGAGAACUUCUAGUGCCAACUGGGAGAGACCUCCUAGGUUCACACUUUUACCUUCUACAAUGGAAGAGAACUGAAUUGAAAAAAUAUUUCGUGGCCUGGCCAUGUGUAUAUAAUUUCUUAGCCCAGAAGACUAUUCAAUAAUGUUGAUGAUAAACCUUGAAAAAGAAUAUCUUCAAGUUAUAUACUAAGAAUAUGUGAGAGUCUUAGAUUUCACUAUGAAAUGGAAGUAGCGAAUGUAUCUUCAAUAUUUCUGCAGGUUGACCUUAGUUCAUUUUGAUUUUUCUGUUUAAUUUUUAAUAUAUAUAUAUUUUUCUAUUGUGUUUUGAAUUUCUUCAACACAUAAUAUUCUCAGUUAUGUAUUAAGAUUUCCACUUUUGAAAUUUAUGAAUAUCGUAAGUAUGUAAUCUAUUUCAAUGAAUAAAUUAUUAUUGUUCAAAGAA